AUGUUUGGCGUUAAGAAGUAUUACGGCCUUCGAGGCGACAAGCUCAACUUGGCUGUCAGCUUCAUCGCCGGCUUGGACUUUUUACUCUUCGGAUACGACCAAGGUGUGACCGGUGGACUGUUGGACCUUCCAUCCUUCAUCAAGUACUUCCCAUCCAUCAACACCAACACCGGCAACAAUCCAAAUGCAUCCACAUACCAAGGAAUCGCGGUUGCUUCGUACAACUUGGGCUGCUUCUGUGGCGCGGUCUUGACAAUUUUCAUCGGUAACCCGCUGGGUCGACGGAAAACGAUCUUCUUUGGCUCCAUUGUCAUGACUGUUGGCGCGAUCCUACAAUGCACCUCCUUCGAUCUGCCGCAAUGGAUUGUUGGUCGUCUCGUUACUGGUAUCGGUAACGGCAUGAACACCUCGACUGUACCAACAUGGCAAAGUGAGACUGCGCAGUCGCAUCAGCGCGGAAAGCUGGUUAUGAUUGAGGGAAUGUUGAUCACGGCUGGUAUCUGCUUGUCUUACUGGAUCAACUAUGGCUUUGCAUGGUACGGUGAGCAUGAAGUUGCCUGGAGAUUUCCUCUUGCUUUCCAGAUCUUCUUCACCUUGAUCAUCUUCUGUACCAUCAUGAACCUUCCUGAAAGUCCGCGAUGGCUCGUCCUCCAGGGCCGGAACGAAGAGGCAUUGGAAGUGCUUACAUACCUGAACGACAAGCCGAGUGAUGAUCCGAUGAUCAUCAACGAGUUCGAAGAGGUCAAGGCCACGGUUGAAGAGAUGAAGAAGGGCUCGUUUCGAUCUCUCUUCGACAUGAGCGAGUAUAGAGAAUUCCAUCGAGUCGUCCUGGCAUACGUCAAUCAGAUGUUCCAGCAGAUCUCUGGUAUCAAUCUGAUCACGUACUAUGCACCAAUUCUUUACGGACAAGUGGGUCUUAACGGAAACAAUCUUCCCAAGCUGCUCGCAGCAUGCAACGGCACCGAAUAUCUCCUGGCGGCAUUCAUCCCCAUAUUCAUUGUUGAGAAAGCCGGACGACGACCUCUCAUGCUGAUUGGAGCUGCUGGUAUGUCGGCUUCCAUGGCCGUUCUGGCCGGGACCAAUUACGCCGUGACGACCUACGACAAUGCAAACGCUGGCUACACGCAAGCCGCCUUCUUGUUCAUCUUCAACACCUUCUUCGCCAUCGGCUGGCUCGGAAUGACGUGGCUAUACCCUGCGGAGAUUGUGCCUCUGCGCAUCCGAGCACCAACGAAUGCCUUGUCUACCAGCGGCAACUGGAUUUUCAACUUCAUGGUGGUCAUGAUCACGCCCGUGGCCUUUGACAGCAUCGGCUACCAGACCUACAUCAUCUUUGCUGUCAUCAACGCCGCCAUCUUCCCGACAGUCUAUUUCUUCUACCCCGAGACCAGAUACCGAUCGCUCGAGGAGAUGGACGGCAUCUUCAAGAAGUCGUCAAAUGUCUUCAACGUCGUCUCGAUUUCGCUCAAGGAGCCAUACCGCUACGACAAGCACGGUCAACUCAAGCCAGAGUACCUCGAGGAUGCCGUUCGACGGCAGAGCGUUGGGAGCGCUGGCGCCAACGGGUACCAGGAGAAGAGGGAGGAUGCGUCUCCUGUGAGCUCGGACAAGUCGCAAUAG